AUGACUUGUCACGAUCCCAUCAGAUGCAAUGCGUGCUUUGAUACGAUAGCAGGCGUUCCUAUAUCGAUGCCAGUUGUCAGGAAUAUCUACUCUCGUCAAAGCAGUCCUGAUGCAUCACCAGCUCGUCCAGCAGCUACAUCAGCAGAAGUCUUUUCACCGGCUCCUCCAUCCUACGAAGAGGAAGAUCAAAAUCGAGACCCAGCGCAAACUCCGCUGUGGAAAGCAGAUAUCCUAGUCUAUCUCGCGGGCAAAGGUCUCGUCCACUCUCAAGAGCGCGAAGUGUUCGAAUCAGAGGAACAGAUGGUUAAAUAUCAUGAAGAUCGGAAGAGGAAAGCAAUGAUUUGGUUUAUGGUCGGGAAGAAUCAGAGAAGGGAAAAUCUGUUGGAUCUGUGCGGAAGAGAUAAGAGUGCUCAGGAUGUUUGGAGACGGUUGUGUGAGAGAGUUGGUGGUGGGAAGAUGAUACCGCUGCCGGAAUUGUGA